GUGUGCACGUGCGCGCCGGCUGUGUGCACGCGUGUGUGUGCACGUGCGUGUGCCUGCUCACAGCUGUAUCCUCACCCUUGCCUGGGACUCCCUGAGCCUCCUCAGACUCGGGCUCCCGUCUCUCUGGUGGAGGGAGUCUUCGACGUCUUGGGUUUAAUUCUUGUCCGUCUCUUCUUACUGUCCUGGAGCCCCUGCUCGUCUCCUGCCAAUUCUUCCUGCUGCUUCCUUCCCGUCCUGUUCUCCGGACUCCGACCCCGCGCUCGGCCGCUGGGCCGCAGGUCUCCCCGCCUCUGCUCGGGGCCAGUGCGGCCGUCACCGCUUUCUUUCCACUGCAGGACGUCUUCUCUCCCGUCGCAAUUUAAACAUGAGUGUGUUUUUGUUUUGUGCUUAUGAUGUUAAGGAGGAAAGUGCACUUGGAGAGGAAAAGUACCCUCCUUGACAGGAAGUGGCGUUGCGGUGGUGACAAUGGCCGUUCCACGAUUUACGGCUCUGGGAGAGGUGGAUGGGGACCCAGAGAGACCCGGGCCUCGGCACCCUCCUGUCUCCCGUCCCAGCGGCUCAGAGCCUUCGCCCCACAGCCCCUUCCUUCCGGAACGCGCGAGCUCAGCCUGCCCAUCGCAGCGCAGUCCUGCCCCGGCCUCCGACGGCCUCCCACCGCCUGCCCUGUCUGCUCGUCCUCUCCACGGCACCCCCCCCCCCGGCAAAUUCUCAGCCUCCUCCAAUCCCUGCUCACCCCCAGCCCCAGCCCCCAGCCUGUCUUCUCUUGGGGUCCCCAUCAGCUGGGUCCUCACCCCGGCCGUCCCUGCACGCAGCCCUCCGGAAACACACCUCCAAACCAGGAGGCAAGCAUGCUUGCUAUGGAGCUCGGCGACAGCUGCUGGGCCCCGCUGGCCCGCCUGGCCUCACGGGGGCUGCCGGGCAAGGACUCCCGCACCCUUCUGACUUCCAGCGCGGGCCUGACCCCGAGGCUCCACACAGGCUUUCACACCGGCUCCAUCAGCAUGGGGUUAAGAAGCCCUUUGAGAACCCAGAGAAGCUGAGCGAGCUCUCCCGGGAGGCCGGGGGUCCAGAGGGCUCUCAGACUCCCCAGAGCACGUCCCCAGCGGCGGCGGAGUGAGACCUGCCGGCUCAAGGGCAAGUGUGAGCAGAAGACACCACCCGAUGUGUCUUGCGGCCAAGUAGAGCUGCUAUAAAAACAGCAAUCAGCAUUUGGAGAGUAAACUGUUUCAGUGAUUUGGGGUUGUGGAAGUCAUAAUAAGGCAUAAUAGGGAUUCUGGGAAACAAAAUGUUUUACAAAUCUGUGUUUAGGGGCACCUGGGGGCUCAGUCGGUGAGGUGUCUGC